CUUGUUUCCUUGGAGAACACAAUCUAUAGAAACUAAGAGAAAAUGAAUAUGACAUUAAAGUUUCUGCUUCUGCUUCUUUUUGUUUUGUGUCAUCAUGCUGAAUCUGGCUCUAUCGUGAAGUUUCUUCCCGGUUUUGAAGGCCCUCUUCCUUUCGAACUCGAAACAGGGUACAUUGGUAUUGGUGAGAAAGAGGAAGAUCAACUGUUUUACUAUUUCAUCAAGUCUGAGAAUAAUCCAGAAGAAGACCCUCUCCUUCUAUGGUUAGAGGGAGCACCUGGAAGUUCUUCUCUGUCUGGCCUUCUUAUGGAGAUUGGCCCUUUGACUGUGAAAACCGAGCGUUACAAUGGAAGUGUGCCCUCUUUGGUAUCAACUACAUAUUCAUGGACAAAGGCGGCGAGCAUAAUAUUCUUGGAUCAGCCUGUUGGAUCUGGAUUCUCAUAUUCAUCAAAAACUCCACUUGAUAACUCUACUGACACGAUUGAAGUUAACAAAAUCCAUGAGUUUCUUCAAAAGUGGCUAAGCAAGCAUCCACAAUAUUUGUCCAAUCCAUUUUACGCUACUGGAAAUGCUUAUGCCGGUAUGCUUAUUCCUGCCCUCGUUGAGAAAAUCUCAAAAGAAAAUUAUAUAUGUUGCAAGCCUCCUAUAAACCUACAGGGUUAUGUGCUCGGAAACCCGGUAACAGAUUAUGCAACUGAACGAAACUAUCGUGUUCAAUUUGCUCAUGGAAUGUCACUAAUCUCUGAUGAACUCUACGAGUCACUAAAGAGAGAAUGUAACGGAAAUUAUUUCAAUGUGGAUCCACCACGUAGCAAAAAAUGUUUGAAACUUGUUGAAGAAUUCAAUAAGUUGACUGACGACAUAAAUUUUUAUGAUAUAUUGCUACCAAAAUGCGAUGAGCAAUUAGAUCCAGAAAAUAUGGAACCUGAUUGCUUUUAUUAUAAGUAUUAUCUCGAAGAACGUUGGGCCAACACAGAGAGCGUUCGCGAAGCUCUUCAUAUCAAAAAGGGGACCACAGAAGACUGGUUGCGAUUAAAUCAUGUGAUACCAUACGAGAACGACAUUAGGAGCAGUGUACCAUACCAUAAGAAAAACAGCAUUAUUGGCUACCGGUCUCUUAUCUUCAGUGGUGAUCAUGAUAUGGUGUCGCCUACCAUUGCAACUCAAGCCUGGAUAAAAUCUCUCAAUUAUUCCAUCACUCGUGACUGGCAGCCUUGGAGAAUAAACGAUGAGAUCGCUGGAUACACGAGGACUUAUUCGAAUAAGAUGACAUUUGCUACUGUCAAGGGAUGUGGACACACGUCUGAGUAUCUACCAGAAGAGACCUCUAUCCUGUUCAAAAGGUGGCUCAAUGGCCAACUUGUGUAAUAGAGCAUCAUCAUCAAUGGCCAACUUGUGUAAUAGAGCAUCAUCAUCAAUGGCCAUCUUGCUUAAGUGUUAAGAUGUAUUAUGAAUAAACAUGUAUUACAUGAAAUGUCUGUAGACAAUAUAAUUUUAUCUACUACGUGAGUUAUUGCGCUAUGCGCGAUUGUUUGCUUUUAUUCAGGUUAAUAAUAAUGUGGCAGCUGACUCAUCAGUUGUUGAUGAUAUUUGAAACCUGCGGGUGUUGAAAUGAGUUGUAAUCUUUCAUGAGAGAGUUGAGCUAAGCUCAUUUCUUAUAUGA